CCACUGUUGAGUCGUCCACUCUUCUCCUAUUGGCUCAAACGCAAGUUGCAACUAUCUUGUCCUUUCCCACUUACUCUUUCUCUCUCUAUCUCUCUCUCUCACGCACUACACACACCAAUCAAUCUUCUUCUCCUCGUCCUGGCACUGGCAGGCAGGCAGGAAGGCUAAUUGCUGCUAGAUACAGCCCACUACCAUCCCCAUCCCUAUCCAAUCCCUCUUCUCUACCAAAAUCUUUCCUUGCUGCCAAUUUCUGCACUCCAAUCCUCGCCUUGCUAUGGUCGCUUUGUAGCCCGACAUCAUGGACGCAAGGGGAUCGAAGAAGCUCAAUGUCGUCGGCGAUGGCGACGGCGACGGGGGGUACGACACCGUCUGGGAGUGCGUGAUCCCGUACGUGGAGGACGCGCGUGACCGGGACGCGGCGUCGCUCGUGUGCAAGCGGUGGUACGAGAUCGACCGCAUCACGCGGAAGCACGUGACCAUGGCGCUCUGCUACACCGCGACGCCGGAGCAGCUGUCGCGGCGGUUUCCGCAACUCGAGUCGCUGAAGCUCAAGGGGAAGCCGCGCGCCGCCAUGUUUAACCUAAUUCCUGAGGAUUGGGGCGGCUACGUCACCGCCUGGGUGGACGAGAUCGUCCGCUCGUUCCCUCAGAUGAAGUCGCUCCACUUCCGGCGGAUGAUUGUCAGAGACUCGGAUCUGGAGCUCCUCGCCGUCUCCACCGGGAGGAUUCUCGAAGUCCUCCGCCUCGACAAGUGCUCCGGCUUCUCCACCGACGGACUUCUCCACAUCGGACGCUACUGCAGAAAUUUGAGGUCUUUAUUUCUGGAAGAGAGCUCGAUAGCUGAAAACGAUGGACAGUGGCUGCACGAGCUUGCCUCGAACAAUACAGUCCUUGAAAGUUUAAACUUUUACAUGACGGAUCUCAUGAAAGUCAGCCCCGGAGACCUCGAACUAAUAGCGAGAGGAUGCCCAUCUUUGACCUCAGUGAAAAUUAGCGAUUGCGAUCUUUCAGACCUCGUCGGAUUUCUGAAAACUGCAGCUUCAUUGGAAGAGUUUGGCGGGGGCUCUUUCAGCGAGCCUCCGGGACAGAUUGGCGAAGGCGUUUUCAACGAGCAAUUGAAGAAGUACGGUAAUGUCGCAUUUUCGUCAAGAUUGUGUCGCUUGGGCCUUACCUAUCUCGGCGAGGCAGAGUUGCCAAUUGUCUAUCCCGUCGCCUCAAGGCUCCGAAAAUUGGAUCUUCUCUACGCACUGCUCGACACCGAGGGCCAUUGCUUGUUGCUGCAAAGAUGUCCUAACCUGGAGAUUCUCGAGACUAGAAAUGUCAUCGGCGAUCGGGGGCUGGAAGUUCUUGCUCAGUUCUGCAAGAAAGUGAAACGACUUAGGAUAGAGCGCGGAGCCGACGAACAAGACAUAGAAGAUGUCGAAGGGAUCGUCUCGCAGCGGGGACUAAUCGCGUUGGCGCGGGGUUGCCUUGAUCUAGAAUACUUAGCUGUUUACGUAUCGGACAUAACCAACGAAUCAUUGGAAUGCAUGGGCAGCCACUCGAAGAACCUCCGCGACUUCCGUCUGGUCUUGCUCGAUCGAGAGGAAACCAUUACAGACUUACCCCUCGACAACGGCGUUCGUGCCCUCCUCACGGGCUGCCGCAAGCUUCGACGAUUUGCUCUCUACCUCCGCCCCGGCGGUCUGACCGACGUUGGCCUCGGCUACAUUGGGAAGUACAGCCCGAACGUGACGUGGAUGCUGCUCGGGUACGUCGGCGAAUCCGACGAAGGGCUAAUCGAAUUCUCGAAAGGAUGCCCGAGCCUGCAGAAAUUGGAGAUGCGAGGAUGUUGUUUCAGCGAACAGGCGUUGGCGACGGCGGUUCUCGGGCUGAAAGCUUUACGGUACUUGUGGGUGCAAGGGUACCGAUCGUCGUCAUCGUCGGGGAAUGGACGGGAUCUGAUGACGAUGGUUCGGCCGUACUGGAAUAUCGAGCUGAUACCGUCGAGGCAGAAUGUGGUCGAGCAUCCGGCGCAUAUACUCGCGUACUACUCGCUGGCCGGGCAGCGGACCGACUUCCCGGCGACGGUAAAGCCUUUUGAUCCCAGCAAUCUUCUAGAAUGAUCCACGGGUUUGUGUACAUAAUACCAUACCACUGUUGUUUCUGGAGUUGAAUGAGUUCGAGUUUUUUUCUUUUUUUUUUUGUAAUUUGGUUAGGUUUGAUUUUGGUUUUAAGGUUAAUGGGAUGUAAUAAAAGGUAGGGUUAACAUUUCGUGUGGAUCGAUGAAUCAAUCCUAACGACACUUUGUGUCAUGAAUGCCGAACCAAUGGAUCGAGAUGAAUUGUUUUUAAUUUGUUUCAUUGAGUUCA